UAACCAAACCCACCCACUGAUCAAGCCACAUAGUAGUAUAGUACGUGCUUGUUGGGUGUUGUCUGUUACUCGUUACGUUUGGAAAGUCUGUGUAUGAUUUUUGGAUAAAAACAAUCAAGAAAAAUGCAGUGCAGGUGGAAUAAUAGUGCAGCAAUGCUCCUAAUACUUUCUGUUCUAUUAUGUUCACUCGUACGGAGUAAUGGACAAAAUCUCGAUAGUACUGCUACGUGGUGUACAAUAUCUAACGAAGAGCAAAAGAAAUGCGAAGCAUUAUCAAGAGCAGCCCACAGAGAAAUUCGCUCUUUUGGAUCGAGUUAUGUUUCGUUGAAAUGUUAUCAAGCUUUCAAUAAGGAAGAGUGUAUGUCAUUACUUGAUGAGGGAAAGACACAGUUAACAACUCUCGAUGCUGGAGAGGUUUUCAUAGCUGGACGAUACCAUAGCUUGGUACCUAUAAUGCAAGAGAUUCAUGACAAUGGUCUUCUCUAUCAAUAUGCUGUUGCUGUAAUUAAAAAAGGUUCAUUGGCAGAUGUUCAAACAUUGCAUAAUCUUAGAGGGAAAAAAGCAUGUUUUGCGGGAGUUGGUACUUUAGCUGGUUGGGUUAUGCCAAUUCAUACUUUAAUGAAAGAUGGAGGUAUGGAAGUUAUUGAUUGCAACAACCAUGUAAAAUCGACAAUCAAAUAUUUUGGUCCUAGCUGUGCUGUGAAUUCUUUGGUGGACAAGUAUAAUCCUUUAGGUGACAAUUCCGAUCAUCUCUGCAAACUUUGUACUGGAAAAGUACCUGUUGGCAAAUGUACCAAUGCGGAUCCAUACUCAGGAUAUGAAGGAGCAUUUUUGUGCCUUGUGGAAGCUGGUGAUAUUGCAUUCCUAGUGCAUACCAUUGUCGAUCAAAUGACAUCAACCAGCAGUACAAUUAAUUCUGUAACAAAAGAUCAGUUUGAAUUGUUGUGUCUUGACGGAACUCGUAGACCAAUUGAUGAUUUUAGAACUUGCAAUUGGGGAAAUGUUGCAUCGCGUGCAGUUGUAACAUACUCAGCUACGAAUAUGGAAACUCGUGUAUUAUAUCAAAAAUUUUUGAAGAAGGCUGUGCAAAUAUUGGGCAAUAAUUCUUUUAAUAGUAAUCCUACAAAUUUGUACCGUAACGAAUUCCAUUCACGGCAGGGUGUUUUUGAAAAUAGACCAGGAUUCGAAAAUCGUUCCGGUGGAAAUGGUUUUGAUGAUACCAAAAAUCCCAAUGGAUACAAUCAGAAUUAUAAUUUUGAUAACCGAAAUGGCUACGAUCGGAGCUUCGAUGGCGGCCAGAACGGAUUAAACUCAUGGGAUACUUUCGGUUCUAAUGAGACAAAUACAUUUUUUAACAGAGAUGAUACAUCAUACGUUCCUAAUGAUUCUGCCACUAUUCAUCCAAUCGAAACAUUCCAUCUAUUUGAAUCAGUUCCUAGAUAUGGUGACCAGUACAACCUUCUAUUUUCGGAUACGGCCAGAGACUUUUUACAAUUAAGCGAAAAGAAUCAGACAUAUAAAGGAUACUUAAAAGAGUCAUUAGAUGCUAUAUUGGCUGUACGACAUUGCCCAGUAAAUAAAAUGACAUUGUGUGUCACGUCAGAACCAGAGAUGCAAAAAUGCGUGCGAAUGAAGACGGCAUUAAAAGCACAACUACUAAAACCAGAAUUAAGCUGUUACAUGGGACAGAGUCAAAUCAAUUGUAUGCAAGCCAUACGGGGCGGAAAUGCAGACGUUGUCGUAUUAGAUGCUGGAGAUAUAUAUACGGCAGGAUUACGUUACGAACUUAUUCCAUUUAUUUCUGAAGUUUAUAAUCUGGGUACUCCUGAUUAUUACGUCGUAGCUGUUGCAAAGGAAGAGGAUGACAAUACUGACUUGACGUAUCUGAAAAAUAAAUACUCUUGUCAUACAGGCAUAAAUACAGCUGCCGGUUGGAUUUAUCCUUUAGCUUAUUUGAUAUCCAACGGAUGGAUCCGAAGUUACGGCUGCGAUUCAGUUCGCGCAGCUGCAGAAUAUUUCACGAAAUCUUGCGUACCUGGUGCUCUGAGUACUGAAUACAACAUUGGUGUGCCUUAUGAUAAUAUGUGCGAUCUAUGUCAUGGUACCAACUACAGAUAUUGUCGAAGAGAUGCAUCCGAGGUUUACUUUGGACACACUGGUGCUUUUAGAUGUCUGGUAGAAGGUGGAGGUGACGUAGCAUUCGUAAAACAUACAACUGUGGCAGAAAAUACAAAUGGGAAGCGUCGAGAAUUCUGGGCGAGAAAUACCUUCACCAAGGACUUUCAGUUGCUAUGCCCUGAUGGAACACGACUUCCAACCAGCGAGUACAGACGAUGUAACUUGGGCAAAGUGCCAGCAAAUGCUAUUGUUACACGUGGUGGUUAUUAUGGUUAUAAUGAUACUCAAGUACAGGCUUAUAUAAAUCUGUUCAUUUACGCUCAGCAGUUUUAUGGUAGAAAGGAGCAGGAUGAGUUCAGCUUUAGUAUGUUUUACAGUUUUCCGCCGCAUAGCGAUUUAAUAUUUCAAGAUGCUGCGCAACAACUUCACGUUAUUCCACCAGAAAAAAGAGAAUUUAGCGCGUACUUAGGUCCAGAUUUUAUGAGAGCCAAAAGAAUAGUAGACUGUGCGGCGUGUGCAUCGGCCACUGAAUAUUCUUUAUUUGGCACGUUAGUUAUGGCCGUUUUUGCAUUAAUCCUUACUAGAUAAAUAAUAUCAUUUUUUUAUCUCUAUAUCUAGAUACUCGUUCGAGAGCACACAAUAUCAAAGACUUUAUAGAUCGAUUAAUUUUUUCCAUUUUGCACAUGUCUCUGAGUCAAAUACUCUACACGGUUGAUAUACAACAAAGAAGGGACAGGAAAUCUCGAAAUGAUCUGAAAGUUUUUAACAUUUUUCUAUAUUAACAUUCUUCUUUCCAAAUGUUGUACAUAGUUUUUAAUCGUUACGACGCAACAGAACAGUCUAAUUUGAUGAUGAACUGCUGCAAUUCCGCUUAGUGACAUUCCGUCCCAACAAUACAUUCGUUUUAAAUAUUAACUUGUUAUUUUAUAAAUGUUUUAUAUACGAACAUUUUUUAUAGUACAAGUGGGUUUGAGUCACGAUGGUAAAUGUAUAGAUAAUAGUCUAGGAUCAAAAUAAUUGCAAAAAGAAAAAAAACAGUGCCUUCUUGAAUUUAUAAAUGAUGUAAUCAUGUAUUUUGCGAAGUUAUUUAAAGUCUUAUCGAGAAUCGGUGAGCAAGUAUAAGAUCUAUUGGUUAAUGCAUUUUAAUCCGUCCAUUUUUAUUUAUGGUACACUAUGAGUAGCUAUAUAUUUAUAUGAUAGUACAUGUAUUUUAUACUGUUUAUACAUGUUCAAACGAAUAAAAUGAGAAAAACUAGAAAA